AUGAAACCGAACCGUACCUCCGACCUCGCUAUCGCAUUGGAACCAUUCGGCUAUGGAAGGGAUAGGCUCACCGGACAGAGAUCAACCACCCUCAGGCAACUCCCAGAUAUCCUCACCAAGUUUCAAAACUCUCGGGAUACCGUCUAUUUCACUAAGGAUGGCCUCAAACAGAUCAUGGACUACGCUGCAAGCAACCCAGAACAAGUAGUCGAAAACGAUUUCCUCAACGGUCUCCUCCAAACCGCCAAACAGUACAACGCCAAUCCUUCUCAUCAAGAACCUUCAGAGCGGAACAGCCAAUCUCCUUCCCCCGACCACCGUAUUCGUACCACAGAGUCUCCCUCUAGCAGUAAUGGCGAUCGUCGAGGUGUCUACUACGGCUCGAAUUCAUCCUCUCCCGCUCCAUCCGUAUCAGGGGAACAACAGGACCAACUCUCCGAACUCAAUCAAGCUGAUAACUCAUUCGAUAGCAACCAAGAACACACCAUCAUCGCUCAUGAGCACCCCCCAAGCACUUCCAGCUCUCAACUAUCACCCCCUAAACUUAUCCGCAAACCUCCCCCACCCGAGCGACACCGUUCGGUUCCAAUCGGCUUUGGCGAUACCUACCUCAAAAGACCUCGGCCACCAAGUAGGAGAAGCAAAGUCUCGAGCGUCGAUUUGCCUUCAACUUACUCCACUCCCUCCAAAUUCGCCCAACAUCGUCCAACCUCCUCCACUCUCCGCACCCAGUCUUCCCCCGGCGCGGAAGCCGAACUAGAUAGCAGUCAGGAUCCCAAUUCUAACCAAAGCCCCGAACUCCAGCUCGGUACUCCCUUCUCAGCCCGCAAUCCUCAGUCGCAGUCUUUACACAGCUCGGCCGCACAUCUGACACCCAACAACCUGUCAACUGUGAUCUUCAACAACCGACAACGUGGUCUAUACGAUUCAUCUGAGGACAGUCUGGAAGCUGAAGCCCCACCGGACUCGAAUGAGAGUGCGCCGGACCCGACGGACAUCAUCCGACGGAUCCGAACGGACCCCAGUAGUCGACCGAACUCGAAAGUGUACACUCGAGUCUGGGAAUCAGGCAUCGGCCUCGACGGCUAUCCCACCCCACCCGCCGAGCUUCACACGAUGAUGAAUGCUGAAGAUCUGGUCCGAAGCUGCGAAGAUCUGAAAACUAAGAACAAGGAACUCGUCAAUCAGAUCGUCGCCUUGGAAAAGAUCCAUGAGGACGAGAUCGUCAGAUUGACCGACGAAGUCGACGAACUCAAACAGGAACUCUCCAGCUGCAAAAAAUCCGAAAAGGAGCUUGCAAACGUCUCCUCUACUCUCAGAUAUCAACUCACUAACUCGGAUGAUCAGAUGAGUCGAUUGAACUCGAAUAUGAGCCUCCUCGAAGAUAAUUAUCAUAAGAUUAAGCUCAAUUGGGAAGAGGCUGUUGCUGAAUCAGAAAAACUCAGGAGGCAACUUAAUCUUAAGGAAGAAGCACUCAGAUGCGCCAAUCGAAGCAUUCAAUCCCAUGCUAGUGAAGUCAAAAAGGUGAGAAUAUAUUAUUUUAACCCCACCAUAAAUUAG